AUGGGAAGCACCACCUUUGGACCUGUGGGAAGAUCCUUCAGCCGAACUUUCUCGCGCUCCUUUUCCACUGUCAAGGAACGACCUGGUGGCUCCCCAGAAUCCAAGGAUCGAUCCAGUUCCCAUGGCUCGCCCUUUGCUUCGGAGGAGCCAAGAAGCUCUCAGUUUCCACCCGGGUCAAAGGACUCGGCUCGACGAACUCGAAAAUCGCACGUGUUGAAGGAUCAGAGAUCCAGCUCCCAUGCUUCUGCAUUAGGGUCCAAGGACCAAAGAAGCUCUCAAUAUCCAUCUGAAUCCAAGGAUACACUUGCUCGAAGAACUCAAGUCGCGUCAAAGGAACACGUCUUCAGUUCGGAAUUCAGUGCAGCCAGUGAGGCUGAGUCGCGGGAAGAGACCUUGCGUCGAGGCACGCAGCGAUCCUAUACGUCCCAAGUGUCAAUGAGCUCGAUUCGCUCCUCACAGAAGAAGAGGUCAGGCAAGACCAUUGCCCGGAUGACCACCAGCGGUCUAGGUGGCCUGACUCCCACGGACAAGACCUUGUUUUUUGGACCCGUGAUAGGCCAGGUGAGUGUCCAGGAGAUGAUUCUGGACAGGACCUACACCUUCCUGGACUAUGUGCGUGGGGGCCUCGAACUUCGCACGAUGCUGGGGAUCGACUUCACCCGUUCCAACAUGGACGUGAUGAACCCCGACUCCCUGCACAGUCAAUGUGAGAAGGGCUUAGCCACGGCUUACGAAGACGCCAUUUGCAACUUGGGGCAGGUGUUGAGGAGCUAUGACACCAGCAACGAAUAUUUUGUGUAUGGCUUCGGGGCCAAAAUUCCUCCAAGUCAUACCGUUUGUUCAAAUUGCUUUGCUUUGACCGGCGAUUUCCUCUACCCCAAGGUCAAAGGCUUGGAUGGCAUUUUACAGGCCUACCGUCGAGCACUGAAUGUGGUGCAGUUGCAUGGUCCGUCCUGUUGUGCGGAGGUCCUAAACUUGGCCGGCCGCUUUUCCAAGAAGUUUGUGCAGGAGCCGGAGAAGGAAAUGCUUCGCUCCAGCGUUCCGCCGGAGAUGCUGUACUUUGUCUUGUUGAUCUUAACGGAUGGUGAAUUGGAGAGCGAGAAGAAGGUGGUGGAAGAGCUGAGGCAAUUGCAAGCAUAUCCGAUCUCAGUGUGUUUCAUUGGCAUCGGGAGCAAGGACUUCAGUUUUAUGCGAGAGCUGCCAGAUGCCAUGGCACUUUACUUCGAAAAGGACUUCGACAAGCCGAAGUUGGAGAAUGUGAGCAAACAAGUUUGUCGCCGAGUGGUGCAAUUUGUCCAAUACAGCGAGUAUGAGAGCAACCCCGAUGGGUUGGUUGCUGCUACUCUGGCGGACUUGCCAAGAGAAAUCGUGUUGUACUACCGCAUGCUGGGUGUGAAGCCACGUGGCUUGGAUCGUUUCGAGAACCGCUUUGGCGAGUCGGUGCCGACGCCUUUGCCAAAAGCUGCCAAACUGGAAUGGAAAGCCGCUGAGCAACGCACCGCGGAUCGAAAAGCGCGGGAGAACAUCAUGGCCAGCAGGACCACCCGGCGGGAUCACGAUGCAUCGAAGGACACAGCUGGCUCAGGUUCCGGUUCUGGGCCGAAAUCCUUGGGUCGGACUCCUAGUCGACAGAGCCAGGUGAAUAGCCUGGAAGAUGACAACCGACUGAGCUUGCGAGAGGAAGAGGAUGAAGAGCCCAUACAAGCCGAGGCUGAGAUCAUGUCGUCCUCAUCAGAGGAAGAAGCGCACAAGCCCAGCAAGCGAGAAGAAGAAAACCUUCCAGUCUUCUUGCAAGAGGAAAAGAGGCGGCUCGUGGAGGAAGCCAUGGCGAUUGGGUACAAGAAGCACCAGAUCACCCGUGCUCUGCGGGAUGGCAUCCCUGCAGCUUCCGUGGAAGUGCUCUUGGACAACAUCCGCUAUUCUGGGUACGGCAAGCUUCCGUCCUACAAAGAUGCCGCAGUGGCCUCGCUCCCAGAUGAUGCCCCACUGCCCUGGAACCCCUUCAGGACGCAAGCUGAGAACGAGAAAAAGAUCAAGCAGCUAGACGAUGAGUUAGAGGACUAUGGCGCGCAACUUCUCGCUUUGGCGAGCCCGGCCAAGAACGAAGUCUCUAGGCAUGAAGUGCUUUCCACUUCGGGCAUUUUUACUUGUAAGAGAUCCAGAAUUGCUCCGCCACGUCCUCCUGAGCCGUCACCACCCUCGUCGCCAGCAGGCAAAUCUGGUAGCCCAAUGUUGAGACGGACCAACAGCAAUGGCUCAGCCUUGACGCAGACCCGCAGUCUCAAGAAUCUCGAGGCUGAGGAAGAAUCAGGCUCCGCCACUGGCUCGAUGUCGCUCAACGGCUCGAUGUCGCUCAACGGCUCCAUGUCGCUCAACGACCUGUCGCCCAAGAGUGGAGGUGAGGAGGAAAAACGAGUGGAGGAGGCAGCUCGUCGCUUGAGAUCACUUCAAGCCAAGAGCUCCAAAGGAGAUUACCCUCCCAUCAUCCAGGAAGAGGAUGAGAGGCUCCAGAAGAGCGCGCGGGGCAGCCUGUGA